GUUGUAGACUUAUUAUUGUUCGUUGUCGUAAUUAGACCCUUAAUUCAGAUUAAAUUAUGGAUAUUCUAAAAGCAGAGAUCGCUCGGAAGAGAAAACUGGUUGAGGAGAGAGAGCUGGUAGAUGAUUCAAAGCGGUUCUUUAAGAGAGCGGAGCUGGCCCGGAAGGAAGAGGAAGAUUAUUAUAAACGAUGCGGCUAUAAGCAGGAGAAGAAGGUGGAGGAUCCACCCCCAUCCACUUCCACCAAUCCCGUGCUGGAGCUGGAGCUCACAGAGGAGAAGCUACCAAUGACACUCUCUCGCCAGGAGGUGAUCCGGCGUCUCCGGGAGCGAGGUGAGCCCGUGCGCCUGUUCGGAGAGUCCGAUUACGAUGCCUUUCAGAGGCUGAGGAAGAUCGAGAUCCUGGCUCCUGAAGUUAACAAGGGUCUAAGGAAUGAUCUUAAAGCGGCCAUGGAUAAGAUAGACCAGCAGUAUCUGAAUGAGAUUGUGGGAGGACAGGAUGCAGGAGACCUGGACACAUUACACGACCUCAAAGUCCACGAGGAGAACACCACCAUCGAAGAACUGGAGGUUCUGGGAGAGUCUUUGGGAACAGGUGAUGAUGUCAAAGACAUGGACGUCAUAGAUAAAGUGCUGCGGUUCUUGCUGGGUGUUUGGGCAAAGGAUCUGAACGCCAGAGAGGACCACGUUAAGCGUAGCGUUCAGGGCAAGCUGGCCAGCGCUACUCAAAAGCAGACGGAGUCUUACCUGAAACCACUCUUCAGAAAACUACGCAAGAAGACCCUGUCGGCGGAUAUUAAGGAGUCGAUCACAGACAUCAUUAAGUUCAUGCUACAGAGGGAAUACGUUAAGGCGAAUGAUGCGUAUCUGCAGAUGGCUAUAGGAAACGCCCCAUGGCCCAUCGGUGUAACCAUGGUGGGAAUUCACGCCCGUACAGGUCGAGAAAAAAUCUUCUCUAAACACGUCGCUCACGUUCUGAACGACGAGACGCAGCGAAAAUACAUACAGGGACUGAAGAGGUUAAUGACGAUCUGUCAGAAGCACUUCUCCACUGACCCCUCAAAGUGUGUGGAGUACAACGCUCUCUAAGACACGCACGCACACACACACAUACGCGCGCGCACACACAC